AUGGCGACUUUAAGCCCCAGGUUCUUGUUCAGCAAGGGCGUCGUUUCACAGCCGGCCAACACUCCACCGGUUACAAGCUUCCUCGAAACGCAUCCAGGGGCGUACACGACGUCUCGCACUCACAAAGACGCGUCGUUCGUGCUGUUCUGGGAACGACACUUGAAGAGACUGCUGGACUCAGUAGCAAUUCUAUACAAUUCGAAUCCUCGGCUUCUGUUCGGACCCAACAAAACGACGUCGCUUUCGUUGCCGUCGCUCUCCUCCAACUCCCCUUUGCUCCAGUCAGAGGUUCACGAGCUCGUGAACCGUUCGAUGAAACGAGUGUUGCCGAUUGCUUUGAAAGAGAGGAGUGAGGGAGAGGAACUGUCAAUUACAGCUCUGGUCAGUGGCAAUUUGGAGAAAUUGAGUGAGAAUGAGAGUGAGGGCUUGGACCAUGAAAGGUUUGGCAAUGGGGUUUUUGAUGUGAGUAUUUACAUUGGGACUUAUGUGCCAACUGUGUUUGGUAUCGAAGGAAACGGUGCGCAUUUGGCUGUGGUGGGUCGUGGGAGAGACGAUGCUUCUGCUAAGUAUUCGGAUUGGGUGAGGAUUAGGAAGUCUUUGGAGAGGUUGAGGCCGCCCAAUGGGACCGAGCUCUUGUUGUCUAAUGAUGGUGACCAGAUUCUUGAGGGGACGGUCUCAAACUUCUUUGUCGUCUGCCGGAAGGAUAACGAUGAAGCUAAGGGGCAAAGUAUGCACUGUUUUGAAGUACAGACAGCUCCUAUUAUUGAUCAUGUCCUUCCAGGAAUUAUACGCCAAUUGGUCAUUGAAGUAUGCUUGAGCAAGGGAAUCCCCUUUCGAGAAGUUGCACCAUCGUGGUCAGCGAGUGAAUUUUGGGCAGAGGCGUUCAUUACAAGUAGCUUGAGACUUCUGCAGCACGCGGAGACAAUUAGUUUUCCAAGUUCAUGGGAAUCACUAAAUUCCAAAUCUUGGGAGGAGAUCUCAUGGAAAGACAAACAUUUUGAGGAGGGUCCUGGGAUGGUCACAACAAUAAUCCAGAAAGAGGUCAUGGAGAAAGCAGCUUCAGAAGGGUACUUUCUCACUCAGUUUGUAUAA